AUCACUUCAUUUGAAUAACACUUUAUAAUCAAAUUUAGAAUUAACGAUGAACUUAAAAUAAAAAAAACUAAUAUCCAACCAACAUUUAUACUUGCAUUGCCUUGUUUGUCAGAACCAACCACAUACGAAUUGCAAUUCUAUAACCCAUCAAAAAUCUGUCUAAAUUGGUCAUUCAAAUACCUAGAAUGUGUUGGAUGUGAUUUUAAAGUUAAUACUAAGAAGCAACCAGUAGAAGAAUGUUUACAUCGCAAAAAUAUUCAGAUAACUCCAGUGACAGGAAAAGUUGAAGUAAAACAUACGCUUACAAAUAGAAAUUUGCAUUUUUAUACUUAAUAAUACUGAUUAUAGUCUAGAAAUUAUUUCACAAUCAAAAUUGAUUUAAAAAAUGACAACGUCGAACAAUUUCGAUUGAACUAUAAAUUAUCAUAUGGCUAUUGUAAACCUCAUUGUAGAGAAGCCAAAGUAUUGCUAAUGUCAAGAACAGAAAAUGCCUACCCGAUAUCUCUGGACUUUCCAUACGGAACUGAUACCAAAGACUUGGAAUUUCAUUUCGAACCUGUAUAUAUAGCAAAUCCAAACCCACCAGCUCAGGCAUUUUGGAUUUACAACGAAGAUUCAAUAAAUACUCUAUCAUACACAAUAAUUGAUGAUUCAUUAUCACCUGCAUUUCCCCACUUCCAUUGUUUAAAUCCAUUUGCAAUUGUACCUCCUAAAUCAAUGCAUCCACUGUUAUUCGUUUUUAUGCCUGAUCGACUUAGUAGCUUCAAAGCGACCAUAAUACUAUUGGUAAACGGUAAAAAGCGUUUUAUUGUUCUAUCUGGGUACGGUGAAUCAUCCACAAGAACUAUUAUACCACGUGGUCACGGAAUGUCAUCGUUUUUACCAGUAAAAAAUAACAGAGAAAUAUAUUUGUCAACUGAAAGUUUAAUACUCCGAUCAUUUCCAACACAAUCUGAACAAGAGGCUAUGUUUUGUCUUUACAAUGACACUGAUGAUGAUAUUCAAUUUGAAUGGCGAGAGUGCUACAUAGAAAAUAUUUUAUUUACUAAAAUAAAUCCAGAUCGAGGAACAUUAAAAGGAUCAAGUAUCCAAAUGUUUGUUUUAAAAGUAAAGAGCUAUGACCAACCUGUAGAGUUAACAAUGAUGCUUAACAUGAAAUAUAACUUCUUGGCCUUACAAAAAAAAUACGAACAGUCGUUAAAAACAUAUCAUGAUAACGAGAAUAAAUUAAAAGGAGUUUUUAUCAUAAAAGAACACGAUACUUACAUUCCAAAAUUAAAAACAAAAACGUUUUGCAAACCACAAGAAAACCAUUUAGUCAUGAACGUUCAUUUGAGGACAAUCAGCAAUGCUAUGCCUAAACAAUUGGACCACAUUUAUUCGAUUACAAAAAAAUUUCAAGAUCAAUAUGAAAAAAUUAAUCACAACAAAUUUAAUGAGAUAUUGUGGUCUAUUGUUGAUAAACUUUGUACAGAAGAAAUAAAAAAAAAACCAUUAUACAAUUUUUAUAUGGAUGAUAAAGGCCAGAGUAAGACAUUAGAAAACUUCGAAUUAUCUAAAAGCGUAGCAUAUUCAGCAAUCAUUUCUAUGACCAAUGAUAUUUUAUUGAAUCUAUAUCCUUUAGAAGUAUGGAAAAUUUAACUCAACUAUACUUUAAGUACUUCUUUGAUAAUAACUACGAUGAUAUCG